AUGCAAUCUCCAUAUUUAUCAUUUAUGAAUUAUGUUCUACAAAACAGUCGUCGUGGUGAUAUACAAAAUGUAAUUGAUACUAUUGAUCAAUAUGGUUGGACUAAACAAUGGUUAAUGAAUAUUGGUGAUCGAAAAGGAAAAAUUCUUGAUGAUGCUAUUCGUACAAGAAAACCAAAAACUGUUUUAGAACUUGGUACUUUUCUUGGUUAUAGUUCAUUAAGAAUGGCAGGUCAAUUACCAAAUGAUGCAUCAAUUAUUUCAAUUGAUAUAAAUUCUCAAACAGCAGAAAUAGCUCAUACUAUUCAUAAACAUGCUGGUGUAGAAAAUCGAAUAAAAAUUAUUAUUGGUUCAAGUGAAAAUAUUAUUCCUCAAUUGAAUAAAAUAUAUCAUAUUGAUUCAUUUGAUUUUAUUUUUAUCGAUCAUGAUGGUUCAUUAUAUUUACCUGAUUUUAUGUUAUUAGAACAAUAUGGUUUAAUUAAAUCUGGAACAAUGAUCGUAGCUGAUAAUGUUAUCUAUCCAGGUGCACCUAACUAUUUAAAUUAUAUUCGAAAUAAUCCAAAUUACAUAACAAAAAUGUAUGAAUCAACUAUUGAAUAUCGUGAAGAUAUACGUGAUGGAGUAGAAGUAUCUGUACGAAAAUAA